CCCCACCCAAAAAUUCAAAAAAUGAAAAUUUUAAACAGUCGUAAAUAUAAAUAUAUGUAUUUAUCUAAUAAAAAAUGAUAUAUAUAUAUAUAUAUAUAUAUAUCUUUCUGUAUUUAAUUAAUUUUUGUCAUAUUUGAUCUCCGACGUGCAGAUUUCCUAAGCACUCCGCAACUCGGAGUCUCCGCUCUGCGAAUUCCAUAGUUUUUUUUCUCGGAAAAUCUACUGUUUUCCCGGAAUGUUCUUUCUCAUUCUCGUUGCAAUCAAAUUGGACAACGAUUUUUUUAAUUCUUUAAUUUAAUUUUUAUUUCUGUGAUUCGCGGUGGAAUAAGAUUCUGUCUAUACCGGUUUAGUUUCAUCUCUUAACUGUUCCAUUGUUCGAAUUAGGGUUUCUGACCAAAUUGUUGUGAAUUGAGGUGAUAUCGUGAUUCAGGCCUGAGGGAGACAAUGCCCUAGUCGAAUUUGAAAAAUAACUAACCGAAAUUCAGAACGCGAAGUUGUUGGUCCCAGUGACUUGAAUUUUAUUGAUAGAGAAGAUGAUUUUCAAACGGACGCUGAAAUUCAAAAUGCCGAACCUCAAGCGGUGCGAGGCGGAAGAUUUUGAUUGCGAAGACGACGACGCAUGCUCUGUGAAUCCCAAUAAACAGAAGUCAAGCGGUUUUUACGACGGCUUCGAUCAGAUUCAUGGUGGCAACGUUGAAGAUCAUAUCAGCACAGUGAAUUCUUGGUGCACCGGAGUAUCCUAUGACGCCAGAGAAGUGGAGUCGAAUUCCAAGAACCACAGAGGUCGGAGAGGUAUGAAUCAGAACUCAGAGGUGUAUCGUCCUCCGCUUUUUAAAUCUUCACGAGGACGUGUUCAGGUACUACCGUCAAGAUUCAAUGACUCCGUGAUUGAUUCAUGGACGAAGGAUACUUCAAAAUUAGAUGGUUGCCAAUCAUAUUCUGAUGAAGAUGAAAAUCUAAUGCUCAGUAAGGAGAGAAUUAUGCAGAAGAACCCACAUUACGGUGGGCAAGUAUUCAAGAAACAACGCAUAGAGGACAGAGUUUCCAAGCACAACAUAGAUCAAAUUUCUGUAAACAUUGAUAGAGGUGAAAUGGGUUUUAUAGGGUUCAAGGAUUUCGACACUAAAAUGCAUUCGAGUUCUCAUAGUUCAGUAACAUCGAUUGACGAAGGCAAAUUUUUGCCCUUGAUAGAUAUUGAUGAUUAUUCACCAAGGUUGUGUAAUAAUUUUACCGGCGAAGAAAAAUUGGAAAAGGAGAAAGCGGGAAAGAGGAAGGAUUUCUUCAGGCCAGGGGACUUUAUUCUGGGUGAUAUAGUUUGGGCGAAAUCAGGGAAGAAAAGCCCAGCUUGGCCAGCCAUCGUGAUUGAUCCCCUAUGGCAAGCUCCUGACACGGUUCUUAGGGCUUGUGUUCCUGGCGCUAUAUGUGUGAUGUUUUUUGGUUAUUCCAGAAACAGAAGGGACUAUGCAUGGGUGAAAGAUGGAAUGCUUUUUCCCUUCCAAGAGUACAUGGACAGAUUUCAGGGGCAGACACAGUUGUAUGGCAGUAAGAGAAGUGAUUUUCAAAUGGCAAUAGAAGAGGCAAUUUUAGCAGAACAGGGUCAUAUUGACACUGGUGAUAGCGGCCAGGACAUUUGUCCAGUAACUAACUAUAGUGGGAUCCAAGAGGUGACUGGUUCCAAUCAGGAUCAGGAAUGCUACUCUUAUAACCAGGAUGCAUAUGGUAAGAAGAACACCCGGCCCUGUCAUAGCUGUGGUUUGUUUCUGCCAUACAAAACAGCAAAUAAAGUUAAGGGCUCUACUAGUGAAGCCCAGUUUCUAUGCGAACAUUGUGCUAAGUUACGGAAAUCAAAACAAUAUUGUGGUGUAUGCAAGAAAAUUUGGCAUCAUUCAGAUGGUGGGGAUUGGGUAUGUUGUGAUGGUUGCAAUGUUUGGGUGCAUGCUGAGUGUGCCAAUAUUUCUAACAAACUUUUAAAGGUUCUUGAGGACAGGGAUUAUUACUGCCCUGAAUGCAGAGCAGAGUCUCAUUCAAACAAAUCAGAGUCAAAAAUCUGCAGGUGUACUGAAAAAGGUGGACAAACUGCAUUGCCUGAUAAGAUUACUGUUGUCUGCACUGGCAUGGAAGGGAUUUAUUUUCCAAGUCUUCAUUUAGUUCAAUGUAAGUGCAAUGCAUGUGGGACAAAGAAACAAACGCUUGGUGAAUGGGAAAGACAUACAGGUUCUAGAGCAAAAAAGUGGAAGGUUAGCAUUAAAGUGAAGGGUUCAAUGCUAACGCUCGAAAAAUGGAUUGCAGAACAUAAUGCACUUGGGUUUAAUUCUCUGAAGUUGCAGAAACAACAGUUAUUUGAUUUUUUGCAAGAGAAGUAUGAACCUGUUCAUGCAAAAUGGACAACAGAACGAUGUGCUGUUUGUAGAUGGGUUGAAGAUUGGGACUAUAACAAAAUUAUUAUCUGCAACAGAUGUCAGAUAGCUGUUCAUGAAGAAUGCUAUGGAGUAAGAAACAUUCAGGACUUCACAUCAUGGGUUUGCAGAGCAUGUGAGACUCCUGAUAUUGAGAGGGAGUGUUGUCUCUGCCCCAUAAAAGGGGGUGCUUUGAAGCCAACUGAUGUCGACACCCUGUGGGUUCAUGUCACAUGUGCAUGGUUUCGGCCUGAAGUUGCUUUUUUGAGUGAUGAGAAAAUGGAGCCUGCCACCGGACUCCUUAGAAUUCCAUCAAAUUCUUUUGUGAAGAUGUGUAUAAUUUGCAAGCAGAUUCAUGGUUCCUGCACCCAAUGUUGCAAGUGUGCCACUUAUUUUCAUGCAAUGUGUGCAUCAAGAGCAGGAUAUUGCAUGGAAUUGCAUUGCCCAGAGAAGAAUGGGAGACAGAUAACCAAAUGGGUAUCAUACUGUGCUGUACACAGGACCCCAAACCCAGAUAAUGUACUUGUUAUCCAGACUCCUUUAGGGGUUUUCUCUACCAGAAGCUUGCUCCAGAACCAGAAUCAAGAACGGUGCUUUAGGGGUUCGAGAUUAGUUUCAUCUAAGGGAACAGAACUUCCUGACUCCUCAACUCAACAGACUGAUGACUGCGAGCCACUCUCUGCUGCAAGGUGUCGCAUCUUUAAAAGAUCAAAUAAUAAGAUGGCUGGGGGAGAGCCAAUAUUCCAUCGAUUGAUGGGGCCACGUUAUCAUUCCUUAGAUGCGAUAGAUUGCUUAAGCUCAUACAGCGAAAUUGACGACCCAAAGAGCUUUUCUACUUUCAAGGAACGACUGAAUCAUUUACAGAGAACAGAAAAUCAUCAGGUUUGUUUUGGUAAAUCUGGUAUACAUGGAUGGGGUCUCUUUGCACGUCGGAACAUUCAAGAAGGAGAAAUGGUUCUUGAGUACCGCGGUGAGCAGGUGAGGCGCAGUAUUGCAGAUUUGAGGGAAGCACGCUACCAGUUCGAGGGCAAAGAUUGCUAUCUUUUUAAGAUCAGCGAGGAAGUAGUGAUUGAUGCCACAAACAAGGGAAAUAUAGCACGCUUAAUCAAUCAUUCUUGCAUGCCAAACUGCUAUGCAAGGAUCAUGAGUGUGGGUGAUGAAAGCCGGAUAGUUCUUAUAGCCAAGACUAAUGUUUCUGCUGGUUCUGAGUUAAUGUAUGAUUACUUGUUUGAUCCUGAUGAACGUGAUGAAUCUAAAGUCCCCUGCUUAUGUAGAGCUCCUAACUGCCGGAAAUUCAUGAAUUAGAUAGAUUACAAAUAUAUAAUAUGUGUAUAUAUAUAGAUGGAGACAGACAGCAAUUUUUUCUCUACAAGGAGCACCAAAUAAUGAGGAUCUCACAUUUUCAUCAUAACAAGCUUAGGAUUUCUUUUAUAGCAUUAUUUGUAAUUUUUUCAAUUACUAAAAAAAUGUAAAUGUACAGUCGAUUUGUCGAGAAUUUUGUAAAUAUUUGCAUAUCUUCCUUUCAAUAUUAUAUUCUUAUAAUUUUUUUUGUUCA